AUGGCCUGGCAGAUGAACAACCCGUUUGUGGACUCGCAGCAGGGGUUGCCGGCCAACUUCAAGACGAUUCCUCUUCCAGAUGACAAUUUUGGCUUCGACCCAGAGGUGUACGGAGAAAACGAAGACCUAGACUCGAUACUCUACGACCUGGGCAUUUCCGAGGGAUACAGCCAGCAGCAGACCAAGUUUGAGAAGAAACACGCGAGACAGACCAGUGGCUCUGCCAUCUUUGGCUACGUGGGCUCCGGCGACGACACGCAGCUGGCUAUUCCUGGGCUCCCCGUGGUGGAUAUCAAGAACAAAAAACCGUUGUACCAGCCCAUAGAACGAUACAUUGACAGCACAUACAUCACCAGCAACGCUUCCUCACAGACAGCGGCCAAGCCUGCGCCAGACUACUUUGUGACUAGUCAGCCCGACGGCUACAAGUUUCCCCCUCCAAAGCCGGAAAGCAGGCAGAACACCCCUAUUGAACCACAGGCCACGCCGCUGCGUGCCACUAGCAGCUAUUCUGCUCAGGAACUGAUAACUUUACGACAGCUACAAGACUCGAAAGAAAGCAAGCCUGCAAACACUCCGUUCACACCGAUCAAGGUGAAACACACGUUUGUGGACAUGAAGACGCCGACGCCGCAGAAGCUGCCCGCGCACUUCAGCUGGACGCCGACUCUGAUCACGAAAAAAGACUCCGUCUCCGAGCAGAUCAUCCAGGAGCAGCGCAGGUCUCCAACGAAAAAGAAAAAACCAACCAUCACCUCGACGCUCGAGCGUGGUGCGCUCGACGUGCACUUUGUCGGUCCCGACGAAAACGACAUGUUCAAAUGCAUAUACAACGACUGCGGCAAGCUGUUCACGAGAGUGUCCAACAUCAGAGCACACAUCCAGACGCAUCUCUCUGACCGGCCGUUCAUGUGCGACAAGUGCGGCAAGGCGUUCGUGCGAAACCACGAUCUCAGGCGACACUACAAGGGCCACGAGGAGUUCAAGCACGUUUGUCCGUGCGGCAAGAAGUUCCCGCGGCAGGACGCGCUGAAGCGACACCGGAUCAGAAAUAUAUGCAUCGGCGCGCUGCCGGACGAGAAGGGCGUGUUCAAGAAGAAACAGCGGCCCGCAGCAGGCGUCGCAGGCGCCGCGCCAGACGCCAAGCGAGGCCGUCCGCGCAAAGUCGACGAGAAGACCGAGCAGAGGCUGCUGCAGGACCUCGACACGCCGCAGUUCCAGCCGUACAUGGACACGAGUCCGUCGAUCUCGCCAGACAUGGGCGUCGGGCAGCCGCUGGACGUGAGCUUCAAGGAGCCGUUCAAGGACUCGUUCUACUACGAGGCAGGCGAGUUCGCAAGCAGUCUGGAGCCCGAGUUCUCCUUCAACGUUGACGACUACGAGUUUGGCCGGGGUGUAUAG